GGGAAAUUUUCGAUCUGGGCUUUCGUGUCUUUGUGCUGUUUGAUUGGUAAUAAAAAGAAGAUUUUUUUACUUAUCCAAUGGCUGGAAGUGAAGAAGUUAAUCUUAUUGAGAGCAAGACAGUGGUGCCUCUCAAUACAUGGGUUCUGAUAUCCAACUUUAAGCUAGCCUACAAUCUCCUGCGCCGCCCUGACGGAACUUUUAACCGUCACCUUGCUGAGUUUCUAGACCGGAAAGUCCCUGCAAACGCCAACCCUGUUAAUGGGGUCUUCUCGUUCGAUGUUAUCAUUGAUCGCCAAACGAAUUUGCUUAGCCGAGUAUACAGACCGGCUAAUGCUGGCCCUCCACCAAGUAUUACCGAUCUUCAGAAUCCCGUUGAUGGUGAAAUAGUGCCUGUUAUUGUCUUCUUCCAUGGUGGAAGCUUUGCACAUUCUUCUGCAAACAGUGCUAUUUAUGAUACUCUUUGCCGUAGGCUUGUUGGUUUGUGUGGUGCUGUUGUUGUCUCUGUGAAUUAUCGUCGUGCACCAGAGAAUCGAUACCCUUGUGCUUAUGAUGAUGGCUGGGCUGUUUUGAAUUGGGUCAACUCUAGUUCUUGGCUUAAAAGCAAGAAAGAUUCAAAGGUUCAUAUUUUCUUGGCGGGUGAUAGCUCUGGGGGUAACAUUGUGCAUAAUGUCGCACUAAGAGCGGUUGAGUCGGGGAUCAAUGUUUUGGGGAACAUUUUGCUUAACCCUAUGUUUGGAGGGACUGAGAGAACGGAAUCUGAGAAACGUUUGGAUGGGAAAUACUUUGUGACCGUCAGAGACCGCGAUUGGUAUUGGAGAGCGUUUCUUCCCGAGGGUGAAGACAGAGAGCAUCCAGCGUGUAGCCCGUUUGGCACGAGAAGCAAGAGUUUAGAAGGGUUGAGUUUCCCCAAGAGUCUGGUCGUUGUAGCGGGUUUAGAUUUGAUUCAAGAUUGGCAAUUGAAGUACGCGGAAGGACUCAAGAAAGCGGGUCAAGAUGUGAAGCUUCUCUACUUAGAGCAAGCCACCAUUGGCUUCUACUUAUUGCCUAACAACAAUCACUUCCAUACCGUUAUGGACGAGAUAGCUGCAUUUGUAAACGCAGAAUGCCAAUGAAAACGCUCUUUUCCCUCACCGUAAUCUCUUCACUAACAAACGGGUGAAAUCCAC